GCAGCUCAACAGCUGGAUGAAAACUGGAACCUGAUGCGAGAGGGUCUCCCAGAAGUCCCCAAGGUGACUGAUUGGUUGGUUCAGGCAACGCCUUCUGCCGCAAGGAUCGGUUUUGAUCCACAACAGUUACUCUUCUUCGCUGUGGAGUCGACUAUUCGCGAUCUGGCGUGUGCAGAAGCCAAGAUUUCUGCAGGGUCUGCCCCAAGACAGCUAAUUCCGGUGCCCGGUGCCAAUCUGGUCGACUGCGUUUGGGAGAACUGGGAGGAGGCUGCCAGUCGGCGUCCACCUCGUCCACGCAAGCCCAUCUCGAGUGUGCCCGUCAGUUUUGCGGGUCAGACCUGGCAGGAGAAAUUGGAUAACUUGCGAGCUCAGAUGGUGAAGGAGAACGUAGGUGCGGUGGUGAUCUUUGCGCUGGAUGAAAUCGCCUGGUUGCUGAACCUCCGCGGUGACGACAUUUCACACAAUCCCGUCUUCUUCGCGUACCUCGUGGUGACGCGAGAUGUGUUACAUCUGUUCAUCGACGCUGAGCGAGGAGCGGGGUCAGUGGAUCUUGCAGAGUACUUUUCAUGUGAUUCACAUAAGGUAGAACGGCAUGCAUACAGCGACUUUCGCGGUUGGAUGUCAGAACUGAAGGGAAACCGGGCCAUUUUAGAGGCUGGACGCGUCUGGCUACCGCCAACUGCCAGCUAUGCUCUGAUGGACGCCAUUCCUGUCAACCUGCGUUACAUCGAAAUCUCCCCUCUCUCCUCCGCCAAGGCCAUCAAAAAUGAAGCCGAGCUGGCAGGCAUGCGCCAGACCAAUCUCGUGGACUCCUUGGCUCUGUGUGAUUUCUUAGCUUGGCUAAAGGACAUCACCAGCCCUGCCCAAUCACCGGCAGGCGAUGGUGCAGCUAGUUCUGAUCCCUGCGGCGUUGUGGCCGAUCCCCCAAGGAUACGAGCUGCGGCGGAGGGCUGCAAGGGCCUUAGCUUUGCUACUAUAUCCGGUAUUGACGAAAACGGUGCCAUCAUCCACUACCACGUGGGUGACUCUACUAAUCCUCGUCCGUUAACGGCGAACUCCAUGUACCUGAUUGAUUCCGGUGGUCAGUACAGCACAGGUACAACCAACGUCACUCGAACUGUCCACGUGGGCACCCCAACGGUUGAGCAACGGGAGGACUUCACCCACGUGCUAAAGGCACUCAUCAGUCUGGCAACUUUACUCUUUCCAGAUGGGACUACCGGAACUGCGCUUGACGUGGUUUGA